GUGGUUACGCGCAUGCGCGUUUAUGUGGCGGACGACAACAUCCCUGCUGCUGAGUUGAAAUGUUUGCCCAUUUAGCCUGUCGUAAUGCGACAUCUUUGUUGUUCUUUUUAAACAUUUAGUGCAUUAAAAAUAUUCUUUCUUGACAGUUAGUUAGCCGAUGUGACAUGAAGCUGACACGGAAACUGGUCCUCGCCAAGGCUAAGGCCUCCGACUUGGAAAGCGUGAAGAAACUGAACUGCUGGGGAUGCAGCCUGACUGAUAUUUCCAUCUUCUCCCAAAUGGCCAACAUAGAGGUGCUGACACUCAGUGUCAACAGCAUCUCGUCUCUCUCUCCUCUGGCCGGCUGUCUGUCUCUCUGUGAGCUCUACCUGAGGAAGAACAUGAUUCCCUCACUUUCUGAGCUCUCUCAUCUGCGUCCACUGGCUCGUCUCAGGGUGCUCUGGUUGGCUGAGAACCCCUGUUGUGGAACUGACUCCAGCACAUAUCGCCUCACUGUGCUCCGCUGCCUGCCUCGCCUGCAGAAGCUUGACAACCAAGUAGUGACAGAGGAUGAGAUUGCAUUGGCUCUCAUGGAGGGUGAAGUGGUCACCACACCACCAGCAAGUCUCCAAAACCAGCUUCCCACCAACGGACUUCCAGAUGCAGAGACAGAGAAUGACCCACUGAACUACAACAUGGAGGAGACUAACAAAAUCCGGGAAGAGUUGGGGAUGAAGCUCCUUUCCAGAGACAAGUUCCCCUCUCUUACUUCUCCAUCAACUAGAGAAACCAAACUAUCACUGAAAAAGACACAUGCUCUUGACGCAGUCUUGCUCCUGCUGAGGGAUUUGGAUGAAGAGGAGCUUCGCGUUGUACACACUGCUACCCAAAACAGACUCCAGACAUAUACGCUGGACUCAGAAAUGCUAAACGAGUCACUGCAGGCACAGAAAACCGCUGACGUCCAACACUGAAACAUUUUAUAGCAGGCACUCAGGGCCAAACCUCUCCCUACAUCCCCUUUCCACGCCAGACCCAUGCCUUGUUCUUGUGGAUCAGAACACUAACACCCCCCUCCCUUUUUUACCUGUCACCUUCUAACUGCAAUAUGCAUGAUGUGUGAUGUAUAAGCUCACUGACGUCUCCCUUUUGUCACAGUUGGAGCAGUACCUAAUAAUUUUCUUGGCUUGAUGUUAACAGCAUGCCUACCUGCCUUGUAAGAACAAAAGAAUGUAUGUUUUGCUAAAUCUAAAUCUAUUUCUGUAAGUAAAGAGAUGAAACUGCAAUACAGUAA